GGCCCGGCCUGCCUCACCCAGCGAGCACCCAGGGCUGCCCAGCAGCUGCCUCCCCCAAGCCAAGCGCCCCCAGGACGAAUGCUCCGGCUACCACACAGAGCACCGAGAUGUUCUCUCCUCCUGAGGUUCCCUUCGCAUUGCUCCUGCUGCUGCCUCUACUGAGCCAUGCAGAUGCCCAGGUCAACCCAGCUGUGUGCCGCUACCCCCUGGGCAUGUCUGGUGGCCACAUCCCUGAUGAGGACAUCACGGCCUCCAGCCAGUGGUCUGACACCACGGCUGCCAAGUAUGGCAGGCUGGACUUGGAGGAGGGGGAUGGGGCCUGGUGCCCCGAGUUGCCUGUGGAGCCCAACGACCUGAAGGAGUUUCUGCAGAUUGACCUUCGGAAGCUGCACUUCAUCACCCUGGUGGGCACCCAGGGCCGCCAUGCCGGGGGCCACGGCAUCGAGUUCGCCCCCAAGUACCGACUCAACUACAGCCGUGAUGGCUCGCGCUGGAUUUCCUGGCGGAACCGGCACGGAAAACAGGUGCUGGAUGGGAACAGCAAUCCCUACGACAUCAUUCUCAAGGACCUGGAGCCACCCAUGGUGGCCCGCUUCGUGCGCUUCGUGCCCGUCACCGAGCACUCCAUGAACGUCUGCAUGAGGGUGGAGCUGUAUGGCUGCGUGUGGCUCGAUGGUCUGGUGUCCUACAGUGCCCCCGCUGGCCAGCAGUUUGUGCUUCCAGGGGGCUCCAUUGUUUACCUGAACGAUUCUGUCUACGACGGGGCCAUAGGCUACAGCAUGACGGAGGGGCUGGGCCAGCUGACGGAUGGUGUAUCGGGCCUGGACGACUUUGCACAGACCCAUGAGUACCACAUGUGGCCGGGCUAUGACUACGUGGGCUGGAGAAAUGAGAGUGCAACUGAUGGCUAUGUGGAGAUCACCUUUGAGUUCGAUCGGGUCCGCAACUUCACCACCAUGAAGGUCCACUGCAACAACAUGUUUGCCAAGGGCGUGAAGGCCUUUCGGGAGGUGCGUUGCUAUUUCCGUGCCGACUCGGCUGACUGGGAGCCUGAUGCAGUGACAUUCCCACUUCUGCUGGACAGUGUCAACCCCAGUGCACGCUUCGUCACGGUGCCCCUGCACCACCGCAUGGCCAGCGCCAUCAAGUGCCAGUACCACUUUGCCGACACCUGGCUCAUGUUCAGCGAGGUCACCUUCCAGUCAGACACUGCCCGGUACAACACCUCUGGGGUGCUGCCUACCUCAGCUGGGGCACCCACCACCUAUGACCCAAUGCUGAAGACAGACGACAGCCACACAAGAGUACUCAUCGGCUGUCUGGUGGCCAUCAUCUUCAUCCUGCUGGCUAUCAUCGUUAUCAUCCUCUGGCGUCAGUUCUGGCAGAAGAUGCUGGAGAAAGCUUCCCGACGGAUGCUGGACGAUGAGCUGACAGUCAGCCUGUCUCUGCCCAGCGAGACCAGUGUCAAUCCCAACCGCUCACCAUCGCCCAGUGAGCCAGGCUCCACGUCCACCUACGACCGCAUCUUCCCCCUGCGCCCCGACUACCAGGAGCCGUCUAGGCUCAUCCGGAAGCUUCCUGAGUUCGCACCAGGGGAGGAUGAGGCAGGCGGUUGUGGAAGUGGUGGUGGGGCAAAGCCGGGACUGCCCGCUGGUCCUGAAGGGGCCCCCCACUAUGCCGAGGCCGACAUCAUCAACCUUCAGGGGGUGACUGGGGGCAACACAUACUCGGUGCCGGCCUUAACUAUGGACCUGCUGUCUGGCAAGGAUGUGGCGGUUGCCGAGUUUCCCCGCACACUGCUCACAUUCAAGGAGAAGCUGGGCGAGGGCCAGUUUGGAGAGGUGCACCUGUGUGAGGUGGAUGGAAUGGAUAAGUUCACCGACAAGGACUUCGCCCUAGACAUCAGCAGCAGCCGGACUGUUCCAGUAGCUGUGAAGAUGCUGCGGGCAGAUGCCACCAAGAAUGCCAGGAACGACUUUCUAAAGGAGAUCAAGAUCAUGUCUCGGCUGAAGGACCCCAACAUCAUCCGGCUGCUGGCUGUGUGUGUGGCUGAGGACCCCCUGUGCAUGGUCACUGAGUACAUGGAGAACGGGGACCUCAACCAGUUUCUUUCCCGCCAUGAGCCCCCUAGCCUCUCCUGUGGCUCAGCUACCAUCAGCUACACGGACCUCAAGUUCAUGGCCACCCAGAUAGCCUCUGGCAUGAAGUACCUGUCAUCCCUCAACUUUGUGCACCGAGACCUGGCCACACGCAACUGCCUGGUGGGCAAGAACUACACCAUCAAGAUCGCCGAUUUUGGCAUGAGCCGGAACCUCUACAGUGGCCACUACUACCGUAUCCAGGGCCGUGCUGUGCUGCCCAUUCGCUGGAUGUCCUGGGAGAGCAUCCUGCUGGGAAAGUUCACCACUGCCAGCGAUGUAUGGGCCUUUGGGGUGACGCUGUGGGAGACACUCACCUUCUGCCAGGAGCAGCCAUACUCUCAGCUGUCAGAUGAGCAGGUCAUCGAGAACACGGGCGAGUUUUUCCGGGACCAAGGCCGCCAGACCUACCUCCCCCAGCCUGCCCUCUGCCCUGACUCCUUGUACAAGCUCAUGCUCAGCUGCUGGCGGCGGGACCCCAAGCACCGGCCAUCGUUCCAGGAGAUUCACCUUCUGCUGCUGCAGCAAGGGGAUGAAUGAAGGGCAGCACCGGCAGUCCAGCCCAGAACCGCUGCUGCCACUGGCUGUGCCCCAUCCACCCCACCCGCAUAUACAUACAUACAUACUAUAUAGAGACACACACUUUGUUUUUCUACAUUAAAGAACUCAAAAAAGGAGGAGGAGAAGAAAAAAGCCAGAACUUAGGGCCAAUGUAUCGGGUCGGAGAGCAGGACAGAGUGACGGAACAGGUCAUGCGUUCAUGGAUGUACAGGUGCUGCAGGGAUUGACAUGGGAGAGAUUCCCUCCUCAUCCUCUCUGAUGUCUCUUUCCAGGAGGGACAGCGUGAUGAACAGGAGGGUCAAAGUAAGUGAGUUUAGG